AUGUACUCGAUCCGCUUUAUCUCGGCUCUCUUUGCUGCCUCUGCUGCAGUUCAGGCAUCGCCAAUUGUUCCUCGUCAAGAUUAUCUCACUGGUCUCGUUCAGGCGCUUAAUUCGGCCAAUCUAACAACUCUCGUUGCAGUCCUCGCUCCAUGGGCUACUACGGAGCAGGGCCAACAGGUUGUCAACAAUCUCCCCAACGGAAACUACACCAUCCUCGCUCCAUCCAAUGCCGCAUUCGAGCCUGUUCUCCCUGGCUUGCAAGCUGACAACUCAUCCGUCGGCCCUAUCCUCUCCUACCAUGUCAUCAAUGGAUCGUACCCGGCAGAUCUCAUUGCACCUGCUCGCUCUCAUUCCAUUGCUCCGACACUCUUGACCGAUGGUGCCUACGUCAACCUUGGUGGAUUGCCUCAAGUCCAGGUUCUCGAGAAGACCUCGGAUGGUAGCGGCGUCCUUGUCCGUCGCACUAUUGGUAACGCUACCGUUACUGGUACCACCACUUACCAGAACCUCAUUGUCCACGUUAUCAACACUGUCCUCACCCCUCCAUCCGACCUCAAGGCUGCCCUCUCUACAAGCCUCGUUUCCCGUGCUCCCGGUGGAUUCUCACAGCUCGGAGGUGCACUCCAGAAGGUUGGACAAUUGGAUGCCCUAUCAACUACCGUCGCUGGUCUCACCGACGAGCAGCUCACUUCCGUCCUCCGAAACCAUGUCAUCAACAACAACGUCCUCUACUCUACCCAGCUCGCUAAUACUCCCAACGCCAACGCCGCUUCCGACGCUCAACUGACUUUCUCUAACGAGGAUGGCACUCUCUUCGUUUCCUAUAACAACACUCGUGCCCGCGUGCUCCGUAGCGACGUGGCUGUCAAGAACGGUGUCGUCCACGUCAUCGAUGCUGUCUUGGCCUAA